GUCAGCAGCGGAGGAGGUUCAUGGAGAGUUCAGCCGCAUACAUUAGGUAACACCAUCGGUCGCUGUGACAUAACUAGUAUGAAGCAGGUUGAGUUGAGACAUUCGUCAAUAAAGAAGAGAUAAGAAGAAGAAGAAGUCCUGGAACAAACUUUGUUAUGCAAAACAGCCUUCAGAUCUGGAUGUGUUUAACCGCUGUGUCUCUACUGCAGGACUCUACUGUCUCUACUGCUCGCUGCGCGUCAACAUGAGAACAGCUUCCAACAUAUAAAAAUAUAGGUCUGUUCCUGAGCGCUCACGCCCCUCCUGACUGUAGUACAGUCAUGUUUUACUGUUCUGCUCUGCACACAGUUUGUAUUAAGCGUAGCUAAACCUCGGAGGUGCAAACAGAGAGAGAGAGAGAGAGAGAGAGACCGCCCUGCCGUGCAGGAUCUCCCAUGCGGACAACCUCUGCAGACGGACUUCUCUGCUGAAACCAGAUCAUGUUUGACUACAUGGAAUUUCAUUCUUUCGGUCCCGCAGAAAUCAUGGACUUCUACAGCUCAUCCAGCCCCGUCUGCGUGUUUCAGGAGCAGGACCAGGAUCUGGCAGACUUCUUCCCCGAGCUGAUCGAGUCGGACUGGCAGGAGCACCGGUGCUCGCAAUCAGUGGGCAGCCAGAGCUCCAGCUCCAGCUCCAGCUCAGAUGAUCUCUUUACCAGCCCCCCCUCCCCGCCUCCACCCCCUCGCACUUACAAGCCCUGUUUUGUGUGUCAAGACAAGUCCUCAGGCUACCACUAUGGAGUCAGCGCCUGCGAGGGCUGCAAGGGUUUCUUCCGCCGCAGCGUGCAGAAAAACAUGGUGUACACCUGUCACCGUGACAGAAACUGUAUCAUCAACAAGAUCACCAGGAACCGCUGUCAGUACUGUCGGCUGCAGAGGUGCUUCGCUGUGGGGAUGUCGAAGGAGUCGGUGAGGAACGACAGGAACAGGAGGAAGGGGAAGAAGGAAGCGGUGAAGAUGACGAUCAUGGAGACCUACGAGCUGACGGCGGAGCUCGGCCUGAUAGUGGAGAAGAUCUGCAGGGCUCACAGAGAGACCUUCCCCUCACUUUGUCAGCUGGGAAAAUACACCACGAACUCCAGUUCAGACCACAGGAUCCAACUGGACCUCGGCCUGUGGGACAAGUUCAGCGAGCUCGCCACCAAGUGCAUCAUCAAGGUGGUGGAGUUCGCCAAGCGUGUGCCAGGUUUUACCGGCCUGACCAUCGCCGACCAGAUCACGCUGCUCAAAGCUGCCUGCCUGGACAUCCUGAUCCUGAGGAUUUGCACUCGCUACACUCCUGACCAGGACACCAUGACCUUCUCUGACGGGCUGACCCUGACCCGCACUCAGAUCCACAACGCUGGAUUCGGGCCGCUGACAGAUCAGGUUUUCACUUUUGCCGGGCAGCUGCUGCCGCUGGAGAUGGACGACACAGAGAGCGGGCUCCUCAGCGCCAUCUGCCUGGUCUCUGGAGACCGACAGGACCUGGAGGAGCCGUCUAAGGUGGAGGUGCUGCAGGAGCCGCUGCUGGAGGCGCUGAAGAUCUACUCCCGCAAACGGCGACCCAGCAUGCCCCUCAUGUUCCCCAAGGCCCUCAUGAAGAUCACUGACCUGCGCAGCAUCAGUGCUAAAGGGGCCGAGAGGGUGGUGAGUCUAAAGAUGGAGAUCCCGGGCUCCAUGCCUCCUCUGAUUGAGGAGAUGCUGGAGGAUCUGCAGAACCUGGAGAAACACCAGAAGAAACGCUCGGAGGAGAGCCAAGCAGAACAAAACACCAGCCAGCACACACACACCUCUGGUUUCUUACUCUAAAGCUGCUCAGAAAGGACAUUUCAUCUGUCUUCCCUUCCCAGAGAAACCUGCUAACUAUAUACAGUACAGAUGCAGUUCAGAGGGUUACCAGUGUCUUACCUCAGUUUUUGGUUGGUGAAUAUUCACACAUUGAUCUGCAGAAAUUACAGUAAAAGAGAAUGAUGCAGUAAUGUUUUAAUCAGACACAGUUUCAUUUCUUAACCCUUAGUCACAGGCACCUCAUAACCAGUAAGAAUCACUUGUGACCUUUCUUAAUCUGGUUUUUACUGUAUUUAUAUUUACAUGAGAUAUCACCUGGAUUAAUUUUUUACCUCAUGAAAUAACAAUGCCUCUAGAGUUAAUGUAGCAAUUAUAGUAAAGCAUAUUGAGAGGAUUUUUUGGAGCUUUUUACAUACUAUGUGAAUUUUUUCUCUUGUCCAAGUCUUCUGUUUGUACCUGAUGUGUUGACGUGCUCCGUAUGUGUAAAAAGAAAAGGGAAAUGUAAAUGCAAACACUUGAUGAAGUUUAUACUCACAAGGUUGAAUGUUCAUAAAAGGCAUCAACAAGCUUUACAAGCUGAUGUAAUUGAGGUGAUGUAGGAAAUGUCAAAUUUAUGUACAGAAAACACAAAGUACAACAAAUAAGUUUUCAGCUUGUUGCUCAGUGGGUGUCAACUCCCCAUGCUGGAGUUUUUUUUUUUCUUUGCAAUAUGAAAUAUAAAGAGUUUGUACACUCUUAAAUAAGCUCAUACACAACAUUGUUAUUUUCACACAUAUUCUAAACACAAGGUUUUAAUUCCUUAGUUAUUAACAGGGCUGGAUAUUGUUUGAAAUGUUUGACAUACUUUUUUUUGAUACCUUACUUUGAUGAAUGCUGUAUAAACAUGUUUUCUACAAAAAAGUUUUUCAUUUAACAAAAUAAGCCAAUUUCUGAAAAGCAUCAGUGUUGUUGAUGCCUUAUUACAGAUAGCUGUAAAUGAAUUUUGCCUAGUUAAAUACAAUGUACUGUAGAAAUGUGAAUAAUCAUAACAAUACAAACAAUGGAAAUUUAAACCGGACUAUGAUUAAAAAUGUAGCUGUACUUACAACAGGAGGAGGAGGAUUAUGGGAAAUGUGUUCUGAAGUUACACAUUAAAUGGCAUCGUCUCAUAGAGUUGGCAUAGCAGGUUUAAUAAUAUAUAAAAUCAAAUGACAUUUGUGCCUAAAAAUGUACAUUCCAUGAAAAAGAAGGAUGUUGUUUAUCUAAGUGUAUGAAAUCUUCUGAGCAAGCAGCCUGUGUACUGUAAGAACUCAUGCGUGCCUACUCUUCAUGUGCCAACUUUUUCCAUAUCCAGGAAUUUUACAUAUUUAAAUAAACCUGAAACAGUAAAUGUUAAUGCCCUCAUUUUCUCAUCCAUGGUCGACAUUACAUAGUUUGACUGCUGUAUGUAUAUAUCUGUGAUCAUUUAUCAUGGUGCAUUCAUUUGUGGUAUUACUAAACAGAUCACAUUUCAUCACAUUCAUGUUUACUUUGUUGUCCUAUUAAAAGUCUUGUGUCAU